AUGAGGCGCUCUAAAGCCUUGAAUGUCAAAAGGCAUUUCCUUCCAGAGGGAAUAACUGGAAUUAUUAUUGCACUCUACGUGUACACUAUCAUAUAUAUUACAACCGUGAACAUUCCGAAUGACUAUUUAAACACCUCGCAAUUAUAUGAAGAGGAAAUAUUAAUUGAUUGUACCGAUGGCAUUUCUUCAAACAUUUCCUUAAUUCCCAAAAUCAUCCACCAAACGUUCCGGCCAGAGAGUGAGGACGAGUUACCACCCAACAUGACCAAAGCAUUACAUACAUUCAAGUAUUUGAAUAAGGAUUAUGAACAUCGGUACUAUGGAAACAAGGCGGCUUUGCAAGUUUUGAUUGAUCACUUUGGAGCAGAUUCCGAUGAAGUAUUUGCAUUCGAAAACCUGACUCCUGCAGCCUUUAAAAUUGAUUUUUGGAGGUAUGCAGUGUUAUGGUUGUUCGGAGGCUUUUAUGCAGAUGCUGAUAUGGUUCUGCUGGAACCCUUAGACUCAUGGAUACACACAAACGCAACGUUUGUCAUUCCGUUAGAACCCUCACAACCAUCCUUUGGUUUGUCUGUGUCAUUCAUUGGAAGUAUUCCUUGUCACCCAUUACUACGAAUCGCUAUGGACAUGGUCAUCUACAAUGUCAAACACAAAUACUACCCAAGUGUGCCAAGACGAUUAUCAAAGAGAAAUUGGAUCCUCUCUGUUUUUGCAGUGUCCGGAUCGGUCCUCAUGGGAAAGGUUUUCAAUCGAUUUAUGAAUGAACCAGAGGAAGCUCCUCACAACCUUCCCUUAGCUCGCCAACGAUCCUUUCAAAUACUUGGAUUUUGCAAAAAGUCAGCAAAGAGCAUGGAUCAACAUUUAAUGACAGAAGCUUCCCCUGAUGAUAUGACCGAAUGCAAGGGAAUGAAAGUCGCUCAAUUUCGAUACGAAGGAUAUUUCGAGGAUCGAGCAGGAGUACCAUUCACCACCUUAUAUCGCCUAAAGAAAGUUUUUAAGAAUUAA